GUUGCCACGCCGCCCGCGACCCCGCGCGCGGGGAAGUCGGCGGAGCCGCCGACGCCCCCGACGACGGCGGCGGCGUCGGCGGUGGAGAGCGCGGCCAGCUCGGCUGCGCCCACGCCGCAGCCAGAGACGGCGCAGGAGACGGCCUCGCCGCCGCCAGAGACGGCGCAGGAGACGGCCACAGAGUCGACCCGCGCCGUGUGCGCGGACGUGGAGUUGCUGACCAAGGUGCUGCGCCCUGUCAUGACGAAACCAGAUUUCGUGGUGUACAAGAGCGACCACUCCUCCUUCCCUGUGUCCAGCGACCAGGCGCCCUUAAGUGCCGACGCUGCGGUGCUCGUCGCGCAGUCGAUCAGGCAGCAGGCAGCGCCGAACUUGAGCGUCGGCAAGGUCGCGUGCGAGAACGCGAUCGAGUUCUUGGUCACCGAGAAGGCGAAGACAGGAAAGCCGCCCUGGAGUUUGUUCGAGGGCGAUUCCAAGAAGCGCUACGUGAGGGACAUGACGGCUAGGGUGCGCACGCUGCGCAUGCACGCGGGGUCCUUCUACCGCCGCAAGCUCGGCCCCCCUCAGUGGUACAAGGCCGUCAUCGCGGAGCAGGGCUACACCGACGGCAUCAACCUGAACGAGGAUCAGGACGAGGAGGAGGACGACGCGGACGAGGAGGACAGCGCGCCCGUCAGGCGAAGGCCGUCAAUGCGAGGAGGUUCAGCGGCAGGGGGCGAGGACGAGCCCGAGGGCACGGGGGCCGCGAAGAGGAGGCCCGCCGCGGCCAAGCCUGCAGGUGACAGCGCAGGUUCCGAGGUGCAGUACGUCUACAAAUUCGACGAGAACAAGAACUCGGCAGUGCGCACCCAACCGAGCACGCGGCGGGCGGAGCUUUGCGACAGCUCGCGGUCAUCCGACCAGGGCGGAUUCACGGUUGCCACGUGGGCCGAUGGGAAGGAGCGGCGCUACCCAGAGGCGCUGCAUCAGCAGAAGGAGAAGCCGAAGAGCGCCAAGAGUGGGCUUCCUUCUAAAUACUUACCUGACGGCUCAAAGGUCUACGUCGAGCUGAAGAGAGAUCGGGAUCCGAACCACAAGCUCAUCCUCAUCAUGCGCAAGCUCAAGGACGGCACCAAGGAGCAGCAGACGCAGGCGACCACCAGGCACUUCGACCACGAGGAGCAUGGCGUCAAGGUGAUGACCGAGCGGAUCUUAGAGACGUUCGUCCGCGACCCGAAAACUACGAAGCAGCAGGCGAUGGCGGCGAAGAUGGACCUCCUCAAGGAGAUCAGAAGUUGGCCAAGCAGGCCCGCCGCCGCUAAGCCCGCCAACGAGAAGGCGGCGGCCUCCGACGCCGAGGCGGCGUCGGGCAACGACAUGGGCGAGAACGCCGAGGCGGCUUCGGACAGGGAGGUCUACACGGCAGGAGAGGGGGAGGCAGACGCUGCUGCAGGAGGCGCGCCGUCCACUCCCGAGCAGAAGGGCAAGGGCAAGAAGCGCGCCGCACCAGGCAAGAUCUCGACUUCGAAGGCCCCCAUCCAGCGCAUCGGCAUCGAGAAGGGCAUCACGGGCGCCAAGGCUUCCAAGUCCGCGCAGGGCACCUCCCCGCAGACGGCCAUCAAGGGGCCGACGGGCACGCUCAUGGGGGACGCGCGCAAGCAGCUGGCGGAGGAUGACUCGUCGGACGGUGCCGAGUAG